ACUGAUCAGAAACGUAAAAUGGCGUCACUUCGAGUUUCUCCUGCUACUUUUUUACUUCUGCUUGCACCGCUCCUUAUCUUGGCUACGGUGAACUGCGAUGAUGAAGAAGGUCACGUCCUUUCCGGUAUCAACAGUUACCGGCAAUCCCACAACUUACCAGCCCUAACGAAGCAGGACAAGGCAGAUUGUCUAGCGGAUGAAAUUGCAGAUGAGUUGGAAAACCAACCAUGCCCGAGUGGCGGCAUUACUCCCGCUCCUGCAUCUCAAUUUGCUCAGUACCCCAAACUUUUAGACAAGUGCGACAUUGACAUUAACACAACAGCUGAAGGCGUUAUCCUCCCUGUUUGCGUCCACAAUCGUGUUGCGACCCUAGUGCUAACGAACUAUACUCAGUCUCGGCAUGCGGGGUACCUUAACAAUUCUAAGUAUACUGGAGCUGGAAUUGGCACUGAGAAAGACUGGACUGUUGUUGUCUUGACCACGAAUACUGUCGCUGGUAGCUUUACUAGUGGAGUUAAUAGUAGUGUGUUUGGUACGAGUACUAUUCAUUAUUAUUUGAUGUUUGUCUUGUUAGGUCUCUUCCUAGCUAGUUAAUUAUGUCCAUUUAUUGAUGUAACUAGUAUUUACGUUAGUCCUUAAUUAUCUGUAUCGACUGUUCUACUGUACAUGUAUGUAUUCCAAGUAUCAGGGUAAUUAAAUUCACUUUUAAAUAGUAAAAUUGUGUAAUGAAUUGUCAUGAU